AUGAAUCGUGAAAAUGAAACAUCCGUUCAUGAUGCAGGUGCACGAUUGAUCAAAGCAGUGCGACAGAUGGGCUUUAACAACAAAUGUUUAGUAUUUACUAGCGAUAAGAGAAAAGCAGAAAACAUUCUUCAAUCAAAAUUAAACUCAAGAGAACAACAAUGUGUUACAGUGUCUGAUGUAGCGCAAGAUUUACGAAAUUUUGUAAAUUUUAAUAAAAUGCCAACACAUGCACAACAAUCAAACGUUGAAAAUCCAAGCAAAUCCAACACAUCGCAAAACUCGACAUAUUCCAAAAAUGAUACAUCAUCCUAUAAAUCAACUAAUAACACUACUAAAGCAUAUCAAGGAGCAACCGGUGGUAAACAUUUUACAACUUAUGCUGAUACAGAUAACGAGAUGAUGCACAAUUCUACGAAUACAAACAUCGACAUUCUAAUAAGCAAUUGUAAAAUGCGAAAUUUGGCUAACCAUCGAUACAAGUGA